GGCUACAUUUCUGUAUAAGACUUCCUCUAGACUUCCUUCUGAACAAAAUUUAUUUUAUUUCUUGGCUUUUGUUCUGUACACCAUGUAUACCGGAUAAAUACAAGACUACGUCAAAUGUUUACAGGGUGGUAGAUCCUACGGGAAACCGUAGGAAUCGCCAGACCCAGUGGAUAAUGGUGGUUGUGAUACGUUUUGUCAAAACAGAUGAUCAAUGCUUUUCCCUUUUGUGUUACUGCCAGUGCUACUAACAACAAAACAACGAUGUUUGAUUGUUUGAAACAUGUAUCAUUUUAUGAACUGCUGAAAGAAAAAAAUACCGUGGACUACAAUUAGUACAGCUUGAUUAUUACUGUACUAUUAUAAAAUAUUAUAUUUGUUCUGUUAGGCCUAAUCAUGUGUGAUAUUAAUUUUUGAAGUGAAAAGUGCAAAUCAUCAAAUCAAAAUCGUUCAUUAUACAACGUAAUAGUGUAUAACACGUAAAUUAAAAAUGGCUGAUGUAGACCCAGAAACCUUGCUGGAGUGGCUUCAGAUGGGCCAAGGAGAUGAGCGAGACAUGCAACUCAUAGCACUGGAACAACUCUGCAUGCUUCUGCUGAUGUCUGACAAUGUGGACCGAUGUUUUGAAAGUUGCCCACCUCGAACAUUUCUACCAGCACUUUGCCGUAUCUUUCUGGAUGAGUGUGCUCCAGACAAUGUAUUGGAGGUUACAGCGCGUGCCAUCACCUACUACCUUGAUGUGUCUGCCGAGUGCACUCGCAGGAUUGUGGCCGUGGAUGGUGCCAUCAAGGCUCUUUGUAACAGACUUGUGGUGGCUGAGAUGUCCUCAAGAACAAGCAAAGAUUUGGCUGAACAGUGUAUUAAGGUCCUGGAACUGAUCUGCACACGAGAAUCUGGGGCUGUGUUUGAGUCUGGUGGACUGAACUGUGUUCUCACGUUCAUCCGAGAACAUGGAUCUCAGGUACACAAGGACACGCUGCAUUCGUCGAUGUCGGUUGUCUCGCGACUCUGCAGUAAGAUGGAGCCGCAAGACGUCUCGCUGGAGACCUGUGUCGAGUCUCUGUCCACGCUACUCGAACAUGAUGAUCAAUACGUGGCAGACGGAGCAUUACGAUGCUUUGCCUCAUUGGCUGACCGCUAUACUCGCCGUGGCAUUGACCCCGCCCCUCUUGCCAAACAUGGACUGAUCCGGGAGCUGCUUCAACGACUUCACUGGGUGGGCGAGGCCAGUCACAACGUGUCUGUAUCUUCGACCCCAGGCACGUCUGCGAUUGCUCCGGAGGUGAAAUCAAAUCCAAGCAUCUCCACGGUGAUCAGUUUGUUGUCCACCCUGUGUCGCGGCUCUCCAGCCAUCACUCACGACCUUCUGAGGUCAGAUCUACCAGAUGCUGUUGAGAGUGGUUUGAGAGGAGAUGAAAGGUGUUGCCUGGACACAAUGCGAUUGGUGGACCUCCUGCUUGUGCUGUUGUUUGAGGGCAGAAAGGCGUUGCCAAAGACCGGUGUGUGCAGUAUUACAAGCCGCCUGCCUGGACUGCGACGCACGGAUAGCACUGGGGAGCGUUCACACCGCCAACUCAUUGACUGUAUCCGCAGCAAGGACACGGAUGCACUGAUUGAUGCCAUCGAUGGUGGAUUUGAGGUCAACUUCAUGGAUGAUGUAGGACAGACGCUGUUGAACUGGGCUUCAGCAUUCGGCACUCAGGAAAUGGUUGAGUUUCUGUGUGAGAGAGGAGCCGACGUGAACCGUGGACUCCGAUCUUCAUCUCUUCACUAUGCAGCCUGCUUUGGGAGACCUCAAAUUGUCAAGACUCUGCUUCGCUAUGGUGCUAAUCCAGAUUUGCGGGACGAGGACAGCAAGACUCCUCUAGACAAAGCUCGAGAAAGAGGCGACGAAGGUCACAGAGAGGUCAUAACAAUCUUGCAAUCACCAGGAGAGUGGAUGGUUCCUGUAAACCGGGAGGCCGCGGUACCUGCGCAGGCUGCGACCACGUCCACCGCGACGGAGGUUGAGAAGGAGAAGAAGGAGGAGAGCAAUGAGGCAGAGAAGGCUGACUCGUUGGAAUCAAAAGGAGACCCGGAGGUGUCUCCACUCUACGUCCGAUGUCUGCUUCCAGUAUUCACUCAAGUCUUUCAUAGCUCCAUGCUGGCAUCUGUCAGAAAAGCCAGUUUGUCACUGAUUCGUAAAAUGCUUCACUACAUAUCAAGUUCACUUCUCGCGGAAAUGUGCAGUCCAGAAUUCACAUCUCCAAAUUUUGCUUCAUCUCUCACUGAGGUUUUGUCUACAGUUUUGGAUACAGAGGAAGAUGAUGAGGGCCACUACACAGUUCUACAGAUCAUGCAGGAUUUGAUGCUGAAAGGUCAGGAGAUGUUCCUAGAACACCUUGCAAGACUUGGGCUGUUUAGCCGAGUCUUGACGCUGGCUGGACCCACUUCUGAUGAUGAAGAAUCUGCAGCCAAAGUGAAGGAUGAAAAGCACUUCAGUAUCAAGGAAGAGGAGGAGUGUGUUACAGAUGAUGCCAAGGAUAUAGUUCAGGGCAAACCGUACCACUGGAAGGACUGGUGUAUUGUCAGGGGUCGGGACUGCCUGUAUCUAUGGAGUGACGCCGCAGCCUUGGAGCUAUCUAAUGGCAGCAAUGGCUGGUUCAGAUUUAUCCUCGACAGCAAGCUGGCAACAAUGUACUCAAGUGGGAGCCCAGAAGGUGGAUCCGAUAAUUCAGAAAAUCGUGGUGAGUUUCUGGAGAAGCUACAGAGAGCUAAGAGUCAAAUUAAGACUGGGACGGCAAGCCAGCCUAUCUUAUCUCGUCAGAGUCAGACACGCUUAGUGGUCGGGAAUUGGUCUCUCACCUGCCGUAAAGACUCGGAAAUACAGAUACACAACUCAGAUGGACAACAGGCAACGAUCCUUCGAGAAGAUCUGCCAGGUUUUAUCUUUGAGUCGAACCGUGGAACCAAGCACUCCUUCACAGCAGAAACAUCUCUAGGACCAGAGUUUGCUGUUGGGUGGGGCGGAAAGAAGAACAGGAAGUUGAGAUCAAAGGUUGAUGCUAUUAGAACCAAGGUUAAGACACUGGCCAGUGAACUGUACGAGCAGUAUUUCAAGCUGGCAGAGGCAACCCCGCGUGGUGUGGUGGCCAAACUCUGCAGUGUCGUACAGCAGCUUGAGUCCGCCUGUGCUAUGCAGAUCAAUCACGUAAAGUUGGCUGAUGGUGGUGUGACGUGGAACCAGGAGAUGAGAAGUGCCCUAGAGGAGCUGGUGUCACUGUUAAAAGAAGAACACACAAUCUCUUCCUUCGAACUCUACAGCAGCGGUCUCGUACAAACUAUGCUCAAUGUACUCAACAAUAACAUUGAAGAUGUCAACUGUAAGGAAAGUAAGAAGAGAACCAAAGAACGUAUUAACAUUUUCAAAUCAGUAUUCAGUGAAAAGGAAAGGCUUUCUGAUGAUAGCAUUGCCCCGGCUAUACAGCUGACAAGAAAAUUGAUCUCAGCCCUAGAGUCGAUAGAACGUCUGCCAGUCUACAGCUAUGACCUGCCUGGCUCAAACUACGCUUUGCAGAUCCUAACGAGAAGGUUACGUUUUCGACUUGAACGGUAUUCUGGAGAAUCUCACUUGAUUGACAGGUCUGGGAGGAGUCUUAAAAUGGAGCCAUUGACAAGUGUUGCAGAUCUUGAAAGAUAUUUAUUAAAAAUGGUUGCCAAACAAUGGUAUGACUAUGAACGGUCAACAUUUACCUAUCUGAAGAAAAUCAAAGAAGCAGAAGGUUCCAUGUCAUUCACUCAUCAACAUGACUUCGAUGAAAACGGUCUUGUUUAUUGGAUUGGAACAAAUGCCAAAACUUCCUAUGAGUGGAUAAAUCCAGCCCAGUAUGGUCUGGUUGUGGUCACCUCAUCAGAAGGGAGGAAUUUACCUUACGGUAAACUGGAAGAUAUUCUCAGUCGUGAAUCUGCUGCAUUGAACUGCCAUACAAAUGAUGACAAGAAGUCCUGGUUUGCUAUUGAUCUUGGAGUAUGGGUAAUCCCAACAAGUUACACACUUCGUCAUGCCAGAGGAUAUGGAAAAUCUGCGUUGCGGAAUUGGAAUCUGCAGAUGUCAAAGGAUGGAGUGACCUGGCAGACUCUGUACCAUCACUCCAACGACUGUUCUUUAAAUGAACCGGGAUCCACUGCCUCCUGGCCGAUUGAAGCAACAAAGGAUGAAACACAGGGUUGGCGCCAUGUCCGUAUUCAGCAGGCUGGAAAGAAUGCCAGUGGUCAGACCCACUAUCUGUCUCUGUCAGGCUUCGAAAUCUAUGGCUCUGUCACAGGGGUGUGUGAUGACAUAGGCAAAGCUGCCCGUGAAGCCGAGGCGAGCAUGCGGCGACAGCGUCGUGUCCUCCGCACCCACGUCUUGAAACAGAUGCUUCCCGGUGCCCGCGUCGUGCGUGGCAUGGACUGGAAAUGGCGGGACCAAGAUGGUAAUCCUGCUGGCGAAGGCACUGUUACUGGAGAGCUACACAAUGGCUGGGUUGAUGUGACGUGGGAUUCUGGUGGUUCCAACUCGUACAGAAUGGGAGCUGAAGGAAAGUUUGACCUGGCUUUGGCUCCAUCACACGACCCUGACAAACUGCGCUACACCAAAAUGGAUGUGGGAGCCACCGGAAGUGUAAAGAAUAAAUCAGUGGGCACAUCGCUUUCAGAUAAAAUAAAGGGAAGUGUUUUGACGAGCAGAAAGAGCAGCUCUACUCCCAGUCUGAGUGAAGUGUCCGAGGCCAAGGCAUCGGUGGCCAGCACAGAACAAGCUUCAUCUGCGGAAAACCUCACGUCCAGUGUCAAGGCGUCGGCAGAGAAUGUUGAUCGAAUGGGUAAUCUCUCUCCAUCUGAUGCCAUCGUCAUGGUAACGGUUGACCCAGCUGAAGAGUCUUCCGUUGGCACCAGUUCCAACGAACCUGUGGUGGUCGUCCAUCGUGGAAAUGAAGAUCUUUCCUACAAGACAUGUGAUCUUCUCGACCUUGCCUGCCGCACACCCCUGAACGAACCAAGCAGGGGGGCUGAGGGGGGCGUCAAGGAGAGACCUCAGCUGUCAAAUGCCAACAGGGAGAAGCAAGCGAAGAACGAAGCGGCCAAGAAGGCCGAUGCAACCCGCAGUUCUCCGACAAACUUGAUGAGUGUGAGCGUUCCCAACCUGCCAACCAGCAUGGAGCAAACCGUCAGUCUUCUCGACUCGUUUGCUAGGAGAAGUAACAUUGUUAGGAAUGCCAACGCCAGCAGUCUCGUCAGGCUCGCGCUGUCCCAUUCACCAAAUAAUCUGUUGAGUGCUGCACAGAGUUACCCCAGCCUGACAACCUCAACUGGCCAGACAUCGAAUACGCUGACCACCACACAAACAAUGGCCAAUGUGACGCUGUUGAGUCAGGCUCUGACUCGCAGUCUGACGUCCACGUCAAGCGAGAGUGACAAUGAGUUUCUUGAGACGUUCCGUGCAUCCACGCUGCUCGCAGAACUCGAGGAUGACGACGAGUUGCCCGAACCUGAUGAUGAAGAUGAUGAAAACGAAGACGAGAAUGAAGAUGAUGAAGAUUAUGAUGAUGUCAUGGAGGAGGAUGAGCUGGAAACACGUGACCGACGGAUGUGGGACGAUGAGUUUGUAUUGAAGCGACAGUUCUCCGCUCUGAUUCCAGCCUUCGACCCCCGCCCGGGCCGCAGCAACGUGAACCAGACUCAGGACUUCGACAUCCCAGCCCCGGGGGUGGAGGAUGUGGAGGUGCAGGAACCAACGAAGGUGGAGGUUCCUCCUCGACUGGCACUGUACAUCAGAGCUCCAUGUCUACCAGGAAUGAACAACGAAGAGAUUCAAUUAACAACUGGGAACGCGUGUAUUUUCAAGUAUGUCCAGGAAUUGCUGACGCUAGGCAGUACAGCCGGACGGUCAGACAGGAUGCGGAGAAUCUGGGAGCCAACCUACAUGAUUGUUUACAAGGAGCAAAAAGAAGACGAAGAAAAAGAAUCAGAAUCGAAAAGUAGCAAGACGUCCCCCAGUCUGACGUCUCCACCUAUCAAGGCUUCCAGUAUGACGCCAAGUCUGGGUGACUGGGAGUUCCCCUCUGGUAGCGACUCGACUGGCUGUACUGUCGACAACGUGCUACAACUUCUACAGCGGCUUUUUGCUAUCAGCAUGGAGCAAACCACAACUAACAUGAGAAAUGACAGUACUGAAGUUCAACUAAACAUUCCAUCUGAUGAGUUUAUCAGCAAGAAAAUAACUAACAAGGUGGUGCAACAGAUACAGGAUCCUUUGGUUCUGGCGAGCAGUGCAUUGCCCGAAUGGUGUGAACACAUGACACGCUGGUGUCCCAUGCUCUUCCCGUUUGAUACCAGGCUUCUUUACUUUACCUGCACAGCAUUUGGAACAUCAAGAGCCAUAGUUUGGCUACAGAAUAAGCGAGACGCUACCAUUGAGAGGAACCGAGGACCUCUGCCACGUCGAGAUGACGGCCAUGAGUUCCGCGUGGGCCGACUCAAACACGAGCGGAUCAAAGUGAUGCGCAGUGAGCAGAUGUUAGACUGGGCCAUGCAGGUGAUGAAACACCACAGCAAGAGAAAGGCUGUCCUUGAGAUUGAAUUUGAAGGAGAGGAAGGGACUGGUUUGGGCCCCACGUUGGAAUUCUAUGCCCUAGUGGCAGCCGAGCUGCAGAGAAAGAGUCUCGGUGUUUGGAUCUGUGAUGACAAUCUGACAAAUGAUCUCGAGAGGGAGGUUGACAUGGGUCACGGCGCGAGACCUCCUGGUUACUACGUCCAGCGAAUGGGCGGCCUGUUCCCGGCGGCGCUCCCACAGGACACCUCCGACAUGGAGCGGGUAGAGCAGCUGUUCUUCUUCAUCGGCACGCUCCUCGCCAAGUGUCUGCAGGACGGCCGCCUCAUAGACCUGCCCCUGUCCAGGCCCUUCCUCAAGCUCAUGUGCAUGGGGGAGGUGGGCUACAGCAUGGCACAGCAGUACCAUGACCUGUCGCACCGGGGCUUCGGCGGGAUGCUCGAGUCGUGGCACAGCGAGAACAGCGACAUGAUCACCAGCAUCGAGGAGCUGGAGAAGGAGAUGAAGGUGGACCCGUCGCGGUCGCGCCAGUCGAUGAUGUCGCCAUGGUACACAGGGAUCCUCACCGAGGAGGACUUCGAGUUGUUCAACCCCCACCGGGCACUGUUCCUCAAACAGCUGAAGGAGCUAUCCGCCAAGAAACAGAGGAUUCUCAAGGACAAGACUCUGUCGGACGAUCAGAAAAACAUUCUCCUGGAGGAGCUGGCACUGCCCAAUCCCUUGGAUUCCAUGUCGUCCAUUAGACUCGAAGAUCUAGGCUUAAGUUUCCAGUUUAAUCCAUCAUCUCGAGUAUAUGGUUUCAUGGGUUAUGAUCUCAAAUAUAACGGUGAAAAUGAGGAAGUGAAUAUUGAUAACAUUGAAGAAUAUAUUGAACUUGUGACAGACUUCUGUCUGAACACUGGUAUCCAGAGACAGAUGGAAGCAUUCAGAGAUGGUUUUAAUGCUGUAUUUCCUAUGGAAAAGCUUCACUCGUUCAGCCCCUCUGAGCUCGGCAGCAUGCUGUGUGGAGAGCAGGCCCCGAAGUGGACCCGAGAGGAUCUCAACAACUACACCGAUCCCAAACUCGGCUACACCAGAGAGAGUCCUGGCUUCCAGAGAUUCGUUAAUGUUCUCCUCAGCCUCUCACCCGACGAAAGGAAGGGAUUUCUCCAGUUCACAACUGGAUGCUCAUCUCUGCCGCCAGGGGGCCUUGCCAACUUGCAUCCACGCCUUACAAUUGUGAGAAAAGUUGACGGAAAUGACAAUAGCUACCCAUCUGUGAACACGUGUGUGCACUACCUGAAACUGCCAGAGUAUUCAUCAGAAGAGAUCUUGAAGGAAAAACUCCUUGCAGCCACCAAAGAGAAAGGCUUCCAUUUGAAUUGAAAACAUGGAGCAUUUAAAUAUUUAUUUAUUGACAUUCGAUGUACUAUCUGUGACACAGUGGAAUUUUUGUUCCAUACUGCAUACUUUAAUUUUUGUUCAGGGUUAAUGGAGAAUCUUGACAGUAAUUUCUAAUGGUUGAGAAAACAAAAAUUAACAUUGAGUAAAUAGUACUUGUGCAGACAAUGACUUCAUUUUGAAAAGAACUGGUAGAGACACGAGUGAUAAAGACAUAUAUAUAUAUAUAAUGCGAAUAUAUGUUUGGAGAUUUGCUUGUUAGACAUGACAAAGUAGGAAGGUUGUAAUGGCCGGCAGUUAUAGCCAGUUGGUACACUUCUGUUAUAGUCAAACCUGUCACGAUCAACCCCUUGGUAGUAUCGAAACAUGGGUCUGUUGUAAAAGGUACCUGUUUAAUAUACAUCAACUUGGGACUAUAUAUUAAAUUUGUAUAAUAGUAAGGUAGCCUGUUAAAGACAAGUGGUUUGUAAAUGGAGGUGUUGGCAUGAGUAGUUUUUGGUUUUACGUUACCUGUUGUUGACUUUCACUGCCAGAAGAUUAAAGACUAUCAUUGAUGGUCAACAAGGUCAGCUGAAACAUGUAUUAAUUCACUUUGUGUAUUUGAAGUUUUCUGUUCUUCUUAAAUUAUGAACAUUUAAUUAUCAAAGGAUUCAUAAUUUUUUCGAUUCCAGUAGUAAACUGAAUAAUACAAUUAGAUGAGUUAUGCGAUCAAGAAGAAACAGUUUUGUCAAAUUUCAUUCUACAUGUUACUUUUAGUUAACUUUUUACUCUUUUUUUUUGUUGGCAACAUUUCAGUGCAGGUUGUUCCUAGGUUUGCUUUGUAGAAUAAACUUUAUUUAGUAAAACAUUUUGAAAAAAUGCUUUUUAGUAUUAUGACUUUUGAUUGGAAAUAUAAUUCACUGAAAGUUGAAACAACUGGGGUUUUUUUUUUUUUUUUUAAUAAAAAAAUCAUUGCAUAAAAAAUUUAUUUAAUGUAAUUCCUGGUAUUCAGUAGAAGAUAAUGCAUUUGCAGUGGCAUUAAAAACAAAAUUGUUGCAUUACUUUUUAUUUAGUACAACUGAUGCCAACAUGUGCCCCAAAAACCUUUAUAUGUUUGUCCUGGUUCGCUUCAUGCUUUACACAUAUUUUAAAGUCAUAACUCAAAUUAUAGUCCAUUCAUGUAUGCUUAUUUUGUUUUGGCUUCUUUUUUUCUUUUCUUUUUUUUUGCAAUGUGAAUUCAGAAGUUCGGAAUUUUGGAUUGAUUAUUAUUUUCAGAUAAUCUAGGAAGCUGUUAAAAAAUGUUCACAGAAAACAAAUGCAAAAUGGAAAAUGUUUAGUUUGCUAGUUUCUUUCUUCCAAAAGUUUGCUGGAAAAAAAUUACAAGAUUUUAAUAUGAUGGUAAUACUAGAAAGAAAUAUGUCCAACAAUACUGGCAGAAUGAGACAGGCCACUGAGGCUGGGUCGGGUCGGGUACGUUUUGAACAUGCUCGUAUGCCACUAGAGCUUCGAGCAUGUCGGUCCCGAGGCCGAUCUCUGAAUAGGCAGAAGUCUGUUUUGGGAUAGAAACUCACUGAGGCCAAUGUUGAUGAAUAUGACACUUUUCUUCUUUUUUUAAAAUUGAGACUGGGAUGGAAAGGUAUGGAUUUUUUUUUAAUGUAUACAUAUUUUAAUCUAAGACUCCACUGUUAAGUCAUAGCAGUUAAUAUUUAAGAUUUAAAGACUGAGCAGAUACCUUUGUUUUAGGAUUUUUAAUUCAGGAUUUCCACAUACAGUAUUUGUACUUAUGAUUAUGUUGUUAUAAUCCAUGUUAUGUUGGUGUCAGUGUUUUGUGCAAAAAAACGGAUCCUCAAAACAGUGUAGGUGCUGACAGCUCUAUGCAUUUUCCCCCAUUCUUGUGAUAUUUAUUGGCAAGUGUUGUGUGAAAAUGUAUUUCAUUUUGUAUGUUCUAGUGCAACAACUUUGAAUAUUUGUUAGUUUUGUUGUGAAUUGGAACAUGAAAAACCCACAUCUAGUUGUAAAAACCACUUUACGUUAGAAUAUUCACUGCGACAUGUAAGAGUAUGUAAACAUUUGCACAGAUUUAUGACACUUACUAUCAAAAUGGUCCAUAUGAAAUUGAAAAUUCCACAUCAAAUCUAAAAUGUUCAUUAAUAUAGCUAGCCAACAUUGCAUUUUAUGACAUGUAAGUGGGAAAGGGGCAAUAGUGUCAUUGUUUUCUUCAUAAUAAUCAUAUGGUAUAAUUACGAUAAUGGACUAUAGAAAAUAUUAAAUACCGGUAGGCCAUCCUUCAGUAGUUGGACAGUGUGUUUGUAUUAUGUAAAAUAACAAACGUUGAAAUGAUAAUUACAUUACGGCCUGCUCUUUACAUUUUACAGUUAAAACAGACCAUAAAAGGUGAUUAUAAAAUGCAAAGAUUUGCCACUGUUUAAUGUACUUGCAUCAAAAGAAAUCUAAGCAAUCUCUAUUCUAAAGGCAGACAAUAAAAGUAAUUAUUGUUCUGAUGCACAACCAUACAAAUGACAAGUAUGAAACCAAAGCCAUCAGAUGUUUUAACAGCAAUACAUUUUGAUUUAUUUAUGUAAUCAGAUAGAUAAUUAUGUAUGUCUUACAGCAAUGUAUUCGCCAGAAAAUAUAACUAGUUGAAUCUCAGCUAAACUGCAUUUUGUCUCAUUAAAUUUGGUGACAGCUUUAUUGACAAUGAGAUUGACAACUGUUUGGCUUUUCUUUUAUUUAGAUACUGGUAUCUUAACAGGAUUCGCCCUGCCCAUUUCUAAAUUGGCCAAUUGCUAAUUUUUAUACAAAGUAGCCAAAAUACUUAGUAUUCAGCUAAUAAAUAGUCUUAUUAAAAUAUUAUUUUUUCAAACAAAUACCCUACAUAUUUGAAAACUGGCUAAAACAUAUUCUUUCCAGUGUAAUCCCUGCCUUAGAUACAGGUGUAUUGUUUUACAAAUCGUUAUGACAUAUAGUCCGUCCCACAGGGAAUGCCUUUUUUCAUGUUAAUGAAUUUACCACAAGUUAUUUAUUUGUGAGUCGAUUGUUUUCUAAAUUGCACGCAAAAAUACUAUUUUUUUGUUAUUUCCAAAACUCUUUGACUUUUCUUCUUAUGUCAAACCAAACUGAAAUUAUUUACAAAAAAAUAUUUUUGUAGGAGGAUGGGACGGACUAUAGGUAGCACCAACAGACAGUGUUGUUUCCAGUCAGUUCUUAUAAUCUGACUAAAACAGCUUAAUUUGUAACAUCUGGAAGAUGUUUAUAGUAAUUGCAAAUCAGGGCUGCUUUUCAAGACAGAAUUUUCCCCCCCACUAGCACCAACUAACAAAUUAACUGGUUCUCAUCCUGUCACAUGCAUUUAUCAUCAAGUGCAAAAACAGGCUUUUGAUUAUUUCUUAACAGACUCUGCACACAUGGUAGUUAUCAGUGUUUUCACUCCAAUUGCCAGAUAGCAGAACAUACAUUUAGAAUACAUCUUCUCAAUACAUAUAUUCCGUUUUCCCAUGAAACAUGUGACAAGUUACAUCUAAUUGAAUCUUAUUUAAAAGCCUUUAAAGUUUUCCCACUAAUUUAAUAAAAUGACCUGAACAAACACUUGCUCUCAUAUAUUAUACCUCUUAUCAUAAAACUUUAUAAAAAUAACUGCAACACACCCUCAAUAAAUUAUCUAGAACUGUAUAUGUAUAUAUAUAUAUAUAUAUAUAUAUAUAUAUAUAUAUAUAUAUAUAUGAAUGCAGUCAGUCCAUUCCUGAAUACCUAUUGACAAUAAAACGAAACCUUUAUUUCUACAUUUAUAAUUUGAAACGAACACAAAUUCAUUGUAACCGUGGUGUUCUUAUGUGUAGUAGAUACAGUGGAGUUUGUUUAGAUAGACUGUCCCAUAGGACAGGAGAGACAAAGUAUACUAAUUGAGUGUACCAUCUUUGAGCAUGCUGUAUAUUGUUGAAUUAAACAGAUCACCUCAGUUGUGUUGUGAAAAAGUGAGAAUGAUGUGAGAUAUUUGUUGGUGUAAACAGAAAUAAAGUAAUUAAAUGCU